AUGCUAUCAUUGAUCGUUUCACAAAUCUUCUACUUGCAUCAUUCCCACUUGAACAUUUGUAUAGCUCUUAAGUGCACUUUUACAAACAAUUCUCUGCAGAAUCUAUUUUAUUUGUCUCAAUAUCACUCAAAAUUUCCAAUAAUUAAACGCAAAAUAACCUCCGAUUCCGUAGAUAACCGUCAAAAUAUGCUAAAUAAUAGUGCUAUUGAUCAGGAAGCUCUUAAAAAACGUAUUUUAGGGAAUAAGGAGCGAUUAUGUCAGUUAUUAAAAAAAAGGUUUUUUUACAUCAGUUCGUUUGAAAUAUAUGGAGGUACAUCUGGAUUAUACGAUUACGGACCACCUGGAUGUGCUUUAAAAAAUGAAAUCGAGAAGUUUUGGCGGGAGUUUUUCAUAAUACAUGACGAAAUGUUUGAGAUAUCAACUGCUUGUUUGACUCCAUAUAAUGUAUUAAAGGCCUCAGGUCACGUUGGAAAAUUCACCGAUCUAAUGGUAAAAGAUGAGGUUACUAUGGAAUGUUUUCGGGCAGAUUCAUAUAUUUCUGAUAUAAUUUCAAAAUUUCUUGGGUCAAAAACUAAAGAAAUUGUAAAUUUCCCAGCUAAUAUUAAGAAAUUUGAACAGGCAACAUAUGAAGAAUUGGAGCAAUUGCUGGUCACAGUGGGUAAUUUAUCUGCUGAAGAGCUGGCUGAAAUUAUGAAUAAAUAUGAAAUAAUUUCACCUUCCGCAAACAAGCUAUCACAUCCUUUCCCAUUUAAUUUGAUGUUUGAAGUGCAAAUAGGGCCAAGUGGUUUGUUUAAUAAAUCCAAGGAUUUAUGCACUGGUUUUUUGAGACCAGAAACUGCUCAGGGAAUAUUUACUAAUUUCAAUAGACUUAUCGAAUAUAAUGGAGGUAAAUUACCCUUUGCUGCUGCCCAAAUUGGAUUAGGCUUUAGAAAUGAAAUAUCUCCAAGAAAUGGAUUGUUAAGGGUACGUGAAUUCACGAUGGCUGAAAUUGAAUAUUUUGUCAAUCCGAAGGAAAAAUCUCACAGAAAUUAUGAUAAAUUCAAGGAUACAGUCCUACCAUUAUUAUCCAAAUUCAAUCAGACACAAGGUAUUGUUGAGCAAAUGCCAGUUGCUAGAGCUAUAGAAUGUGGUAUAAUUGAUAAUAAGGCACUGGGUUAUUUCAUGGCUAAAACAUACAAAUUCUUAACUUCGUGUGGUAUAAACCCCAGUGGCAUCAGAUUUAGACAGCAUAUGGAUAAUGAAAUGGCACAUUAUGCGUGUGAUUGUUGGGAUUGUGAAAUUUUAACAUCAUAUGGAUGGAUUGAGGUAGUUGGUCAUGCUGAUAGAAUGGCCUACGAUUUGACAUCCCAUGAAAAACACUCAAAAGUACCUUUGAAAGCUCACAUUAAAUUGGAUGAUCCUAUAAUUGUAGAUGUCAUUAAACCCACAAUUAAUAAGGCUAUAGUAGGAAAAAUUUUCAAGGAAAAGGGACAGGAAAUUUGUGAAAAAUUAAACCAACUAACGGAGCAAAAAUAUAAAGAAAUUGAUGAUAAGCUUAACGAAUGCGGGAAAUAUGAAUUAAGUAUAGGCGAAAACGUAUAUCAUAUUACUAGAGAUAUGGUACAAUUUCAUAAAGUAUUAGUUAAAGAAUAUGAGGAAUUGAUCACGCCUUCUGUUAUUGAACCUUCUUAUGGUAUUGGAAGACUUAUUUAUUGCGUACUAGAACAUGUAUUAACCCAUAGACAAGGAGAUGCUGACAAUGAUGAAAGAAUAUAUUUGGCAAUACCGGCGAAAAUCGCACCAAUUAAAUGUUCAAUACUUCCUAUAUUCAACGAUCCAAGAUUUGAUCAACUUAUAGAAAAGUUAGCUACUAUAUUAUCCAAAAGUGGUGUAUCAUAUAAGAUUGAUACUACCGGUGCAUCAAUUGGACGCAGAUAUGCUAGGACUGAUGAAAUUGGAAUUCCUUAUGCAAUAACAAUUGAUUUUAAGACUUUGGAAGAUGGCACCGUUACAAUUAGGGAGAGAGAAUCAAUGUCGCAAGUCAGAGUAGACAUCGCUUCUACUGGAGGGAUAGUGCAUGAUUGUGUUAGUGGGUCGAUCAGCUGGGAGGACGUUACACGCACACACCCACUUGUUACCGUUUGA